AUGCAUUAUCGCUAUUUUCUCUCCCUUCCAGUGGUGGACAGCAAAAUGAUCCUGGAUGGCCUGCAGAGGUACAGCCCCAUGCCAAUCUAUUUGCCUGUCAGCUACCGGAUCAUCAAUGCUGAGUCGGCGUUCUUUUUGCUGGAGGCGAACCAGGACAUAAUGAGGAACUCCAGCCUGCAAGCUCGCACAGAGUCGUUCUUUAUCCACCAGGCGCGGCAGAUGCCCUUUGUAAAUGCUAGCUAUGGGCCGCUGUCCGUCCAGCAGCCCGUUCCUCUGGAGAUGCUGCAGACAUUGCCGGGGCCGUUGAACCCGCCACCCUUCGCUGCAUCUUCAGUGCCAGCAUCACCAACGUCGUCACCUCUUUUUACAUUCAACUGGAAGGUUCACACCUAUAUUAUCAGCGAGCGGAUUCACCCCAGCUGGCCAAAAGUUCAAGUGCUGUUUUACAUCGCGGGCAGGGACUGGGACGAUUACAGUGCCAUCCACAAACUGCCCUGCAUCCGAAUGUUUGCUUUUCACGAGACCCAAGAAGUGCGAGGGACAUGCAGACUAAAAGGUGAGCUGGGGAUAUGUGUGGCCGAGCUGGAGCCCCUGGCCAGCUGGUUCAGCCUGCCCACCGUGAGGCCCGGGAGGCAGAGGGUCUCGGAACAGGCUCAGGGCACCCCGGUGGAGCUCUACUACAUGGUCCAGACCACAGACAGCGGAGAGUGCAGCUCGGAGGAUUCAAGAAAGGACAGCCCGGUUCGCUCGGACCAGCAGAGGCCACUUGGCUACUAUGCAGGCCACACGCCUAUGCAGCGCAUUGGGAGUGUCAGGCUGUUUCAGCCGCUGUCCGAGCUGAAACUGGACAACAACUUUGUGGUGAUGGCGCCCUCCAAACCCAUCAGACAGAGAGAAACUGUCUCAACCUUUCUGGCUCUCUCCACACUUUCCUCUGUGCAGAUUUUCACCCUCAGGUGA